GCGUGUGCGGGGGGGUCUCUGGGGCGGCAGCGGCGGCCCCCCCCCCCUUGGCGACCCCGGGCCAUGCUGAAGCCCAAGGACCUGUGCCCCCGCGCGGGGACGCGCACCUUCCUGGACGCCAUGCAGGCGGGCAAGGUGCACCUGGCGCGCUUCGUGCUGGACGCCCUGGACCGCAGCAUCAUCGACUGCCGGGCGGAGCAGGGCCGCACGCCGCUGAUGGUGGCCGUGGCCCUGCCGGACCCCGCGCUGCGGCCCCGCUUCGUGCGGCUGCUGCUGGAGCAGGGCGCCGCCGUCAACCUGCGCGACGAGCGCGGCCGCACGGCCCUGAGCCUGGCCUGCGAGCGCGGCCACCUGGACGCCGUGCAGCUGCUGGUGCAGUUCAGCGGCGACCCGGAGGCGGCCGACGCGGCGGGCAACAGCCCGGUGAUGUGGGCGGCGGCCUGCGGGCACGGCGCGGUGCUGGAGUUCCUCGUGCGCUCCUUCCGCCGCCUCGUGCGCCUCGACCGCACCAGCGCCGGCCUCACCGCCCUGCAGCUGGCCGCCGCUAGGGGGCACGCGCCCUGCGUGCAGGCCCUCACCGCCUGGGGGCGCGCCGCCGCCGCCGCCGCCGCGCGCGCCCGCGCCCCCGACGCCGAGCCCGCGCCCGCGCCCGGCCCCCAGCCCCGCCGGCCCAGCCCCCGCCGCCCGCCGCGCCCCCUGCUGGCGCGCUUCGCGCGGCCGGCGGGCGGCCCGGGCCCGGCCCGGUCGCUAGGCAACGAGCGCCCCGACCUGGGCCGCAGCCUCAGCCUGGCGCCGGGCGCCGGGGCCGACGAGGCCGCCGGGCUCCGGUCCUCGAGGCCCGAGCUGCCGGAGGGCGACGACGACCGGCGGGACGACGCCGACCGGCCGGAGGACGCCGACCGGCGGGAGGCGGGGGCGGAGACCCCCGCUCGCGCCCGCGCCCGCGCCCCCGCCGGGCUCGCCCCGCAGCCCGAGGGCGCCCCCUGGCGGGGCCGCCUGCUCCUGCGCCGCCGCUCCACGGCCCCAGACAUCCCCAGCCUGGGCGGGGGCGCGGCGGGGGAGGGGGGAGGCGAGCCCCACUCGCUGCCCCCGGCCCGGCCCGGCCCGCAGCCGCCCUAA